AUGACAACAAUUAUUGAAUUAUUAUAUAAAUUUGACAAAUAUUUAACAAAUAAAUUACAAAAAAAUUCAUUUACAUCAAAUCUUUUAAUAACACCAACAUCAAAAUUUAUAACAGAAAUUUUAAUUAUUAUAUUUUUAAGUUUAAUAAGUUAUGAAAUUAUAUAUUGGAGUGGAAUAUAUUUAAAAAUUUGGGAAUAUCAUGCAAAAGAUAUAUUUACUGAAAUUCCUAUACAUUGUGCUCAUAUAAAUAUAAAUUUAAAUUUAGUUAAGGGUGAUAAAAUUGAUCAAUUAAAUGAAUAUUAUUUUGAAAAACAAAAUCAAAUCAAUUUUUUAAAUUUAUUAAAACAAAAUAGCAACAAAACUAAGUUUCAAGAUUUAUUUGAAUUUUCAAAAUUUAUAAAAUAUUAUUUUGAAUUUAGUCCUGAUGAUUUUGAAAUGAAUAAAGAACCAGAAUUUGGUUCAACUAUUUUACAUUUACGUAAAAAAAUUUUAAAAUUAUUUAAUGAAUCUGAAAUUUAUAAUGAUUAUAACACUAACCAAAUUAAUGUUAAUGAUGUUAAAAUUUAUAAUAAUUUAAAUCAUGAGGUUCCAAUUGAAGAAAAUGGAAAUUAUUUAAGUAAAUGUAAUAUUGAAACUGGGAAUAUAAUAGAUGUUAUUAUAAUAAUUUGA